AUGAGUCUCACAGGAGAGAAGCCCUAUCUGUGCUCUGAGUGUGACAAAAGCUUUACAUAUAAAUCAGCACUUCUCACACAUCAGAGGAGUCACACAGGAGAGAAGCCAUUUACAUGUUCUGAAUGCAGCAAGUGUUUUUCCCAGAAGGGAGAUCUUGUUACACAUCAAAGGAGUCACACAGGAGAGAAACCAUUUACAUGUUCUGAAUGUAGCAAGUGUUUUACCCUAAAGCAGUAUCUUGUUAUACAUCAAAGGAGUCACACAGGAGAGAAGCCAUUUACAUGUUCUGAAUGCAGCAAGUGUUUUUCCCAGAAGGGAGAUCUUGUUAAACAUCAAAGGAGUCACACAGGAGAGAAGCCAUUUACAUGUUCUGAAUGCAGCAAGUGUUUUUCCCAGAAGGGAGAUCUUGUUAAACAUCAAAGGAGUCACACAGGAGAGAAACCAUUUACAUGUUCUGAAUGCAGCAAAUGUUUUUCCCAGAGGUCACAUUUUGUUAUACAUCAGAGGAGUCAUACAGGAGAGAAGCCAUUUACAUGUUCUGAAUGUAGCAAGUGUUUUACCCUAAAGCAGUAUCUUGUUAUACAUCAAAGGAGUCACACAGGAGAUAAGCCAUUUACAUGUUCUGAAUGCAGCAAAUGUUUUUCCCAGAGGUCACAUCUUAUUUUACAUCAGAGGAUUCACACAGGAGCGAAACCAUUUCAAUGCUCAGAAUUAUUGUGCAAACCUAGUGAGUGGUUGGUGUACAUUCAGUUUGCUUCAGGUAGUAUUACAUUAGUUCCAAAUCUGGACUUGAUCUCUCCUGAUCUGUCUUCAGAUGUGGUAGAGGUAGAGUAUCUUCCGUGGGGAAUUUCUGACCACUCUCCUAUUUCCCUUAAUUUGAGGAUAGAUCAGGAUAGUCAUGUUCCCGAGGUUGUGCAUGCAACUCAUACUUUACAAUGGACGCUGCGGUUUAAGUACCUAGGCAUCUGGAUUACUCCACGAGCUUCAGAAUAUGUGGUUCAGAAUAUUGACCCCACUGUGCUGAAAUUUAAGGUGAAAGCUCAUGCCUGGAAAAAAUUACCCCGAUCUGUUUUGGGUCCGUCAUACACCUAUGUCUUUGCAGAGAGCUGA